UCUCAUGGAGGGGGAGGGAAGUGGGCCAGGUUUUCUUCAUUGGGGAGGGGAGGAGGCCGAGUUCUCAUCAGCGUGGGUGCGGGGGUGCAGUGUUCUCAUGAGGCCAGCACAGCUGAGCAGCUCACGCUCCAGGCCUCAGUGCUGCACCACAAUUGCAGGGCCCCUUCGCUCUCUUGAAUUGCGGUGUCAUACCCAAGGCUUCAGCACAAGGUUGCUGGGCUGAGGUGUGGCAAGGCCAUUUCACAGGAGGAACUCUGGUCCAAAGCGCCAGGUGCCAGGGCUCCAUGCACAGUACUCUGCUCUUGGGCAAGGAAAACAGGAGUGAGCACAAAGGCAACAAAAAAGGUAAUGCAAUUAACCAUCAUACGAAAUCCAUGGAGAAUAGGAACAAUGUGACAGAGUUUGUUCUCCUGGGGCUCACACAGAAUCCAGAGAUGCAGAAACUCUUAUCUGCUGUGUUUUUUGUCAUCUAUAUUAUCACUAUGGUAGGAAAUGUGCUCAUCGUGAUCACUAUCACUGCCAGCCCAUCCCUGGGGUCCCCCAUGUACUUUUUCCUGGCCCAUCUCUCCUUCAUUGAUGCCUGCUAUUCCUCUGUCAGUACCCCCAAAAUGAUUAUAGAUUCACUCCAUGGAAAGAAGACCGUCCUGUUUGAGGAGUGUAUGACCCAAAUCUUUGGGGAACAUUUCUUUGGAGGUGCUGAGGUCAUCCUGCUGACUGUGAUGGCCUAUGACCGCUAUGUGGCCAUCUGCAAGCCUUUGCACUACAUGACCAUCAUGAAUCGGCGAGUGUGUGGCCUGCUGUUGGGAGUGUCGUGGGUGGGAGGCUUUCUUCAUGCAACCAUACAGAUCCUCUUCAUCUCCAGAUUACCCUUCUGUGGUCCUAACGUCAUAGAUCACUUUAUGUGUGAUCUGAACCCUUUGCUGGAUCUUGCCUGCACUGAUACCCACACUCUGGGGCUCUUUGUUGCUGCCAACAGUGGUCUCAUCUGUCUUUUAAACUUCCUUCUCCUGCUGGUCUCCUAUGUGGUCAUUCUGCGCUCCCUAAGGACCUAUAGCUUGGAGGCGAGGCACAAAGCCCUCUCCACCUGCAUCUCCCACAUCACAGUGGUUGUCUUAUUCUUUGUGCCUUGUAUAUUUGUGUACCUGAGACCUGCAGGUACUUUAUCAAUUGACAAAGCAGUUGCUUUAUUCUACACUACCAUAACCCUCAUGUUAAAUCCCUUAAUCUAUACCUUGAGAAAUGCCCAGAUGAAAAAUGCCAUUAGGAAAUUGUGUGGCAGGAAAGCGAUCUUAGGUGACAAAUAAAGAUGACUUGGGCCCAACAUUGAUUUACCUGAGGCUAUGGCCAAUAGACUGUCUCAGCAGGGAAUAUUUACGGGAUAAAGAAAUCAACUAACUGUUAGGAAUCAUAGCCCCUGCACUGAGUGGUGCAGAAAUAGGUACAAGAAAAUAACACAAUGUGGGGCCACUCUUUUCAUAUUUAGAAAAUUCUACCAAAAUGGGAUUUUGUUUUACUAGAUUCAAGCAGAUACCUGGAUUCAUAAGCUUGCCUUCUAAUAACAAAUUAAAUAACAAAUUAAAUUUUCCGUUAUUGGGCAGCAUUCUCUGUAAUAAUCCAAGGAAGUAUACAGUUACUAUUGUUAUUUUUCAAGUGAGAAAACUAGUAUCAAGGGGAAGAUAUCAAAAAAGAUACACUGGAGAGCCAGGAAACUGAGUGAUUUCCUACCUCAUGCCCUCAACUGUCAAGCAAUGAUGAUAGCAAAGUCAUAUAACUAUACUAGUUAUCCUUUAUUGAGACAGGGCCUGUGCUGAACACAAUGUACAUAUUCAUUUAUUAUCUCUCACUAAAAAUUGAGUGAUCUUUCUGUAAUAACUGUGCUUGUGUGAGUGCCUGUAACAUUAGAGUAAGUAACUAUUUUUGGGCUAUAAAAGCAUUGGCCCUACUUAUCUCUGAGGGUUAGAUAUUGAAGAUUAUAUAGACCAUCUCCACAUUACCUUGUAGGCUUCAGGACCAUCAUGUAUUGUUCAUAUCACCCAUGCUAUGUAGGUAACACAUCAGAAAGAGUAAAGAUUCAAAAAAACGGUUUCAUAUCAGAAAGGGAUUUAAAUAUAAACUACUUGCCUGCAACAUAACAAUCGUUUCUACAAGGUAGCAAAAUAGCAGGUGCAUGAUCAAUAUUAAAUGAAUGAGUCAAAGUACAAAGGAAAAUGAAUGACUUCAAUAAUUUUAAAAAAAUGCAAAAAUGUAGUCCUGAAGGCCAGGGCAUUAUUUCCUACUUUUGCCUGAUUCAACUCUAGGGACAAUUUUGGCUAUACCUCUUGGGGGAACUAUACUUUGUUUUUGUUACUGCUUACACUGAAGAGGAGGUAAAAGAGACUGAAAUUACAAUUCUCAGCAUAUGAGUAAGUAGUUUAGCUUGAUAUGCUCCCUGUCCUCAGCAAGAUUUCAUUAUCUUCUUAAUAGGAGCUGUUUCUGUUAUAUUUUCUCAAUGUGAUUACUUUUUAGAAACAUUUCAUUAUUAAAAGCUAUUUGUAAAAAUACACAUCUCUGUCU